UUGGUUGAAAAGUAUGUAAUACAUUCUUUGUAAUAUAUAGGAGUAGAAUAAUGUUACUAUCUUGAUUUCCCGGUCCCAAGCCGGAACCAAACAUGGCUAGCAACUCAGAAGAACACGUCGUAACCAUGAAUUGGCAAGUCAACAAGGACCGCAUAGAGUUGAUGCAAAGAAAAAUCUCGGAACCGCCGCGACUACUAAGCAAAUCCGCCGGCAGAAGCGGUUGCUGCAUUUUCCGGGCGCCCCAGAGCUUCGUCGACGUCAACGGCCGAUCAUAUCAGCCGCGCAUAGUCUCCAUCGGUCCGUACCACCGCGGCAAGCCGCACCUGGAGAUGAUCCAGGAGCAUAAGUGGAGGUUUCUGGGCACGUUGUUGCAGAGGACGGAGAAAAUAGGUUUGACCUUAGAGGAUUACUUUCAAACUGUCCAAACUCUUGAAAUGGAGGCUAGAGAGUGUUAUUCCGAGGCUAUAAAUCUGGAAAGCGAUGAGUUUGUGGAGAUUUUGGUUCUUGAUGGCUGUUUUAUCAUAGAACUUUUUCGAAAAAUUGGAAGAGUGGUUCCCUUUGAGGAAGACGAUCCCUUCAUAUCCAUGUCUUGGAUAUUCCCUUUUCUUUUAAGGGACUUUAUUAGGCUUGAGAAUCAAAUCCCAUUUUUCAUUCUUCAACGUCUGUUCGAGCUUACAAAAAUGUCCGGCGAACAGGCGUCGCUGUCUAGAAUCGCCUUGUUCUUCUUCAAUCACGCGUUACAGAGACCCGAGGAGAUUCUUGAUAAGUACGAAAAUCUAGCCGGAAAACACUUGCUCGAUUUUCUCCGGUCAAGUUUUAUGACUUUUAUCCCUCCGGUGACCGAAAACCCCCCAAAGUCGCCGAGCCACGUAAUCCAUUCCAUCUCGAAGCUCCGCCGCGCCGGAAUCAAGCUGAGGCCGGGGCAGGAAGACAGCUUCCUGGCCAUAAAAUUCCGGCGGGGUGUAAUCUGGAUGCCGGCGAUCACCGUCGACGACUUCAUGGCCGCGUUCUUGCUGAACUGCGUGGCGUACGAGCAGUGCCACGGGGAGUGCAGCAAACACAUGACCACGUACGCGACAUUAUUGGAUUACCUAGUAAACACGUACAAGGACGUCGAGUACUUGUCGGACUGCAACAUCGUCGAGAAUUAUUUCGGGACCGAUUCGGAGCUGGCGACGUUGAUAAACAAACUGGGAAAAGACGUGAUGUUCGACAUCGAUGAGUGCUACCUGGCGCAAGUGUUUGAUGAGAUCAUAUCGAAAGCCCAUAAGAAACACUACUACUAGAUCAGUUCAGAUGGCUCCAGAAUAAUCAAGGAAGCAAGGCCACCACCAUGGCAAUAUUAAACAUGCCAUCCAUGGAGUUAUCAAGGAACUCGCCGAAGAAGUCGACGAAAAAGGCCGGGAAUCGUUGCAGAAACUCUGGGCCAAAUUUGAAAACGAGGAGGAGGUCCAACUUCAAGGAAUCAUCACACGGAUAAUGCGUCCAGGUGAGGAUGCCGCACCAGAUUGGAUUGAAAAGUUUCUCAGAAAAUUGCAUCUUGUUUCUGAAGAUACUCAUCAUCAAGUUGUUUCAAUGAAGGAUAGAGGUUUGAAAGGAGAUGAUGAUUCAUUAUAUGCAAAGGAAAAGAGUGAGAAUAGGCUCCAACGAUUCAAAAUCAAGACCAUCAAUGUUGGAGUUGUCAAGGAAGGAGAAGAUCAUAAAUAGCAUGCUUGAUUACC